AUGGAAAAAUAUGAAGAAUGCCAAAAUGCUAUCAACAACGAAAGUAUGGAAAACGUUCAUGACAUAAACAGAGCGGGUGAAUCCCAUUCGAGUAAGAAGAAAAAUAUGGCCAUGGACUCAUCUGCUAAAGACUGCAACAGUUUAAAAACAUUUCACGACUCUCCCAGAAGGGAGAAAGUUUUGAACAAUGAGUUUAGACAAAGAGAACAUAGUUGUCCGCAUUAUCUCGGAGUUACAGAAACUACAAGUCAAGACUCUUUGGAAAGGGUUUCCAAAAUUGAACCAUACUCUGUGAUUAAAAGUCACGAAUCAUGGAAAAAUGUUCCCAAAAUUGAACCACUUGCUGCCGUGGUAAACAUUUGCCCCAAUGAACUUUUCACAGCACCUCAUAGUGACACAGAUAUAUUGAAAGAAAUUCACAGCUGUGAAAAACCCGUUGGAAAGAAGACGAAUUUCGCCCAAAGGCAAAGGCGUGGUAGUAAGGCAAUGGCAGUCGUUGAAAAUACAGGGCCUGUUGAUUCAAGUUGUAUAUACCUGGAGAAAAGAGAUCUGCUGGUUGGAAACAUUGAGGAGAGAUAUGACGAAACUGGUGUUUAUUCAAAAGUAGUGCCACAGACAUUAGUUUGUAUAACAUCAGGCGAUGAAAGAGAACACUUAGUAACUAGUAAUUCGAUUUUACAAACUGGAAAUUCGAGUUUACAAACAGUCCAAUCGAAUUUACAAACUAGUCAUUCGAGUUUACAAUCUGGUGAUAACUGCUCAUUAAGUGGAGCUUGCAAACACGGUCUUCCUUCAAACAAGAAGCCAAGCAGUGACGAUGGUUUGUCUUGUCGUAUUUGUCACAGUGUAACAGAUCUUGAAACUUUGGUCAGUCCAUGUUUAUGUACUGGUUCUAUGAAGUAUGUCCAUCAGUCGUGUUUAUUGAACUGGUUGAAAAGUUCUGUCAAAACGAACUGUGAGUUGUGUUUGCACGAGGUACCGGUCAAAAAGCUGGUUAAACCGUUACGUGAGGUAAGCUUGUUGUCUGUGUUGUUGUUGUUUGUGUUGUAGUUGUUUACGUUGUAUGUGUGUCAUGGUAUUUAGUGAUGCUGGUGAUGAUGGUGGUAAUAUUGAUUGUCCAGUGUUACUACAUGUAUUGUCUACUCAGUUUAUUUAUCAAGUACUGUUUUCUCUUUUUAGUGGCGUUUUCUUGAUGAAAAACCGGUACCAAUAAUAUGGCUUCUCUCUUUUCUUAUCCUCUUUACCCUCAACAUUCUCUCUGUGAUAAAAGAUGCCUCUCGAGGUUGCACGUCGACAACAUGCAUUGUCUUCUACGUUCUGGGCUGUACUGGAGCUAUAUUGGGCGUUAUCUUUCUCUGGUUUUGGGCAAAAAAGAGCGCUGUUUAUUUCAAGAAAUUGCUUAUAUUGAAUCAAGUUUGGUUACUUGACGAAAAAUAUUGUAAAACGGACAACAAAGCGAGAACUUCAGCUAAUUGUAAUAUUUAA